AUGCUUAAAAUAUCAUUUCGACUUAAAAAGUCAGAUGCCGAGCAAGGCAAUUUAGAGUAUAUUUCUAUCAAUGACCCCAAAAAGGUUUUAGAAGGUAAAUUCAAAGACAUGUAUUCUUGCGAAACUUACCUAUCAGAUAGAAAAAAAAUGUUUCCGGUUUACGCCUGUAAUCCUAUUGACGCAAUUUUUUAUGCUUCUAAUUUUGCGAGAAUUCAUCUACAAAAUAUUACUAAACAGGGCUAUAAAAUUAGUGAAAAAGAAAGCGCAAAUGAGGGAAGUUAUUUUGCUUUUGUUGAAGCAAUUAAAAGAGAGAAAAAUGACUUGCUUCUAUCGCUAAAUGAGAAACAUUAUCCAACUAAAACUCGUGGAGAGAGAGUAUUACCAGUUUCCCACUGUUUAGGUAUUGGAAAAUUCCUUUUAGUAGAACACAAUAAUCAUACCCAUCUGGUUUAUCGGUUAACCAACCCAAAAGUUAUCAAGUCGGUCCACGAAGAGUUUAAUUUACAAAAAGAAGAUGAUUAUUUGAUUAGUGUUAAAAAUCCUCAAGUCGGCACCCCAACUGGGAUGGGAUUUGGCGAAAAUAAAAAAGUUAAUUAUCCCUCUACUCUUCAAAAAAAAUUUGCUAAUUAUCGCUUUAUUCCUCUUACUUCCUCGGAAUUUUUAGACUAUGAAGGAACUGAGUUACUCUUAAUUCCUCAAAAAAAGGAAAGUUUAGUUGCAAGAGAAAAAGAGGCGGAGCAAUGCUUAGAAAAAAUUAACUCUGACGAUUUAUUGGACGAACUUGCUAAAAUAGUUUCGCCAGAGACCUGUUUGGGAAAAAUCAAAGGAAAAGUAGUGGAAAAUCCCAUAAUAACUUUUGACAAAAUUGACAAAACCGAUGAACUAUGUCUAAAAAUAAGAAUUAACAAAACAGCCAAGGAAGUUAGAAAAGGAAUAGAAAACCAAAAACCUUAUCUUUGUUACAUAGGUCUUGAAGAACAUGGCAAAAAAAUAUUAAAAAGUUAUAAAACUAAAAAAAAUCAGAAAAUUGAAAUAUUAGAUAACUCGGUUUUGAAAUUAGCCGCCGUUAAUUGGGCUCGGGAUUUACAAGAUUCUCCACCUAAUAAAUUGCAUGCUAAAGAGUUUGCCGAGCAAGUUAAGGAAAAGUUUAGUAGGUUUAAAAAUGUUGAAAUAGAAAUUUUGGACAAAAAGGCCAUUGAAAAAAAUAAAAUGGGUUUGUUGCUAGCAGUUAAUGCUGGAAGCCACCACGAACCACGAGUAGUAAUUCUGCGUUAUUUUGGCGAUAAGAAAAAUAAAAAGAACAUUCUUGGACUAAUCGGAAAGGGAAUAACUUUCGACAGCGGAGGGUAUAAUUUGAAAUCUUCGACAGCCUUGGAAACCAUGAAAUUUGACAUGUCUGGGGCGGCUGUAGUUUGUGCUUCUUUCCUAGGUUUAGUUCAGAAAAAACCAAGAAUAAAUGUAAUAGCAAUUGCCUGCUUAACCGAAAAUGCCAUUGGCGGCCACGCUACUCUUACUGAAUCAGUAAUAACUUCCAUGAGUGGAAAGACAGUUGAAAUUAACAACACUGAUGCCGAAGGUCGCUUGGUUUUGGCAGAUGGAAUUACUUAUGCUAUUCAAAAGGAAAAAGUAAACAAAAUAAUUACCGUUGCCACUCUAACAGGGGCUUGUGUUUUAGCCUUAGGAGAAAAUACUACUGGAAUUAUGACUAAUAACCGCGAAUUUUACCGGCAAUUUAAAAAUACUACUAUCGCUGAUAUCAGCAAUAUUGCCGGCACUAGAUACAUGGGGGCCUCGAGUGGAGCCGCUUUUUUACAGGAGUUUGUGGAAAAACUACCUUUUAUUCAUUGUGAUAUUGCUGGAACGGCUUCAAAGUCUAAAUCCAAGCGCGGGACCGGAGUCAUGGUAAGGACUUUGAUAGAACUAAUUUCUUCUACCACCAGGAUAGGUCUAACCGAUAUCUUUCCAUAUAUUUAUAAAACAGCCAAAGAAAAACUAGCAGGUCAAGGAUUAUCAAUUUUUGCUUUUGCUUUCUUCUUAUACGCUAUUUUACAGACGGCCUUAAUCUCUUCCAAUUUAUCCUGGUUUGACGAGUUUGUUCACUUCUAUCCACUGGUUAUUCCACUUUUGCUAGCCAUGGGAUUUGAUAUUUUUUCCUCUAUUCUUUGCCUUUAUGGUGGCUCAGUGGCCGGACUAUUAGGAUUAGUCUCAAGCCAACGAAUGAGCGAACAUUUUGAUGCCUGUUUUAGCGAAGUCCAAGGAAAAAUUAAUUAUAAUGGUUUAACAGUGGCCGAUAAAUUAGGGUUAGGCAAAGUAGCCGAAAAAGUUCCGGAACAUAUAACCAAUGAAGAAAAAGUAUUCGAACACGAAAAUUUAGGGAAAGUUGAAAAAAUGGAAGUGGCUAAAACCAAAGAAGAAAAAAAAAAGAAUUGGGGAGUCUUUGGAAACUUAACUACCGCUAUCCAAAAUGCAAUUCCUUUGGUGUUAGUUUAUAUUUUUGCGGCAGUGCCUGCUACUAUCAUAAAGAAGUCAGGCAUGUCGGAAAAUUUAGGGAAAAUAUUAUUACCUGAAACGGCCAAGGGUGCGGGGAGUAGUUUUGCCUUGUUCUCGGUCUUCGGGGUGUCGUUUUUACUGACCUUUGCUGUCGGAAGCACUCCUGCUAUAGCUAUUGCUUUAGUAACAGCUUUAGCACCAACUUUACUUUCUUUUGGAGAAUCUACUCUUAUCUAUGCAGCCCUGUUUGCUUGA